UAAAUAAAGACGGGUAUAGCCAUCAUCUCAUACUCCGUAUAACAAGUCAAUAUAUUUUCAAAGAGUGUCGAAAUCAUGUGGAGAUGCCUUUGAAUGAUAAGACAUGAUUGAGCUCAUCAAGGACCUAUAAAUCCUCAAUCCUCUCUUGAAUAUUUGCUAAGUUUGACAUUACAGUUAUAUAUACAAACACCCGUCCUUCGAACUGGUUAUGAACCAGUAGCUUAACAGCAUUCAUGGCGGAGAAAGAAGGCUGCAAAAGAAUUCUUGAGUUUUUUCUUCUUGUCAUCAUUUCAGCAUUCUUUGAAAUUGGGCUCGGCUUGAACCAAGAACAGAGCUUAUUCUCCUUCCCCAGCGUGCUAAAAACACCAUCUGAUCAUCAGAUCGAUAUUACAGCUGAAGGAUGGGGAGAUAUGGAAUCAUCAUUUUCAGAUGACGAAAAGGGAACCGCGGCGGCGGCGUACGAAGAUCAUCUGAUAGUAAACGGCCUUCCCGGGCAGCCGCCGUCCCGAGAGAAGUUCAAGCAGUAUGGAGGCUAUGUGAAUGUGGACAUAAGGAAUGGCAGAAGCCUUUACUAUUACUUUGUGGAGUCUGCCCAGAAUUCGGAGAAGAAGCCUCUCAUUCUAUGGCUUAAUGGAGGUCCUGGCUGUUCAUCAAUUGGGGCGGGUGCCUUUGUAGAGCUUGGCCCUUUCGGUGUCAAUCCAGAUGGAAAAACUCUCUAUUCCAGAAAAUUUUCUUGGAACAAAGUUGCAAAUGUGUUAUUUCUGGAUUCUCCUGCCGGGGUUGGGUUUUCUUAUUCCAAUACUUCCUCCGAUUACGAUAAAUCGGGGGACAAGAUGACCGCGCAGGAUUCGUACAAUUUCUUAGUAAAUUGGUUCAAGAUAUAUCCUCAUUACAAGACCAGAGAUUUUUAUAUUAUGGGAGAACAUUAUGCAGGAUACUUCAUCCCAGAGAUUGCGGAUAUAAUUCUCUAUAUGAAUAAGAUGCCCAAGUCAACCUUAAAGAUCAAUCUCAAGGGAAUCAUGAUUGGAAAUGGGAUAAUAAAUUAUGCAACGGAUUUGAGAGGAUUCUUUGACUACGUAUGGAGUCAUGCCCUCAUCUCGGAUGAAAGUUAUAAAGGGUUGCUAGAGCAUUGUUCCACAAAGAAUGAUAGCAAAUGUGAAGAAUUCUUAAAUGAAUCAGCAACAGAGACUGGUAAUAUAGACGUGUACAACAUUUAUGGUCCCUUGUGUUUGGACUCAAAACCUUCAUCAAGAAAGUUCAAUAAACAUCGUUUUGGAGCUGAUCCUUGUGAGAGUGAAUAUGUUAAUACUUAUCUCAAUCUCCCUAACGUCCAAAAAGCCAUGCAUGCAAACACCACUAAGCUUCCUUACACUUGGAGAGUCUGCAGUUAUGUGGUCAAUUCGAAAUGGACAGACAGGCCAUCUACAAUGUUCCCAAUAUAUAAGAGGUUAAUUGCAUCUGGUCUUCAAAUAUAUCUGUAUAGUGGUGAUGUUGAUGCUAAUGUGCCGGUAACCUCUACACGUUAUUCUCUUGAUGCUAUGAACUUGAACGUCAUCACAGGGUGGCAUGCGUGGAGGGGCAAUGAUUCCCAAGAGAUAGCAGGAUACAAAGUGGUUUAUAAAGGCAUAACUUUUGUUACGGUGAAAGGGGCCGGCCAGCAAGUUCCGCAGCUUAAACCGCGCAAUGCAUUAACCCUGCUUAAUAUGUUUAUUGCCAAUAAAAGAUAGAAUAUGUGUAUUGGUAUCCAAUGUUUGCGACACUCGAUAAGAGAGGUUUUGGUGUCAAAUAAUCAAUUUGUUGCAAUAAAAAUUUAACUUCACUAGCUACUUUUGUGUGGCUAAGAAGAGUAAACAUGUUUGAAAUAUAAUUAAAUUAAUCAUCUUCUAACUACUUAUGAAUUAUGAUUAAUAAAUCAUUAUUAUCAUCUCAGAUUUAUAAAAAUAAUGAUUAUGUGGCUAA